UUUGGGGGGAGACCCCGGCGGGCUGUGGCAGGAGGGCGGCGGCGGCGGUUGCGGUCGGGGAAGGGAACGCCGACAAGAUAGUUGAAGUAUUGAUAACACCAAGGAAAUCUGUUACAAUUUGAAAAGAUAAGCAAACAUUUGAUUUCCAGACACUACAGCAAAAGAAGUAAAAAUGCGUCCAAUGCGAAUUUUUGUGAAUGACGAUCGCCACGUGAUGGCAAAGCACUCUUCUGUUUAUCCAACCCAAGAGGAACUGGAGGCAGUCCAGAACAUGGUGUCUCACACAGAGAGGGCUCUCAAAGCUGUGUCUGACUGGAUAGACGAACAGGAGAAAGGCAGCAGCGAGCACGCGGAGUCCGAGAAUGUGGAUGUGCCCCCAGAGGAUGAGACCAAAGAAGGGGCUGGGGAGCAGAAGACGGAGCACAUGACCAGAACCCUGCGGGGUGUGAUGCGCGUUGGCCUCGUGGCAAAGGGCCUGCUGCUCAAGGGGGACUUGGAUUUAGAGCUGGUGCUGCUAUGUAAGGAGAAGCCCACUACCGCCCUCCUGGACAAGGUGGCUGACAACCUCGCCAUCCAGCUCGCUGCGGUCACAGAAGACAAGUACGAAAUACUCCAAUCUGUUGACGAUGCUGCGAUUGUGAUAAAAAACACAAAAGAGCCUCCAUUGUCCCUGACCAUCCACCUGACAUCCCCUGUUGUCAGAGAAGAAAUGGAGAAAGUAUUAGCCGGAGAAACGCUAUCAGUCAACGAUCCCCCGGACGUUCUGGACAGGCAGAAAUGCCUUGCUGCCUUGGCGUCCCUCCGACACGCCAAGUGGUUCCAGGCCAGAGCCAACGGGCUGAAGUCGUGUGUCAUUGUCAUCCGGGUCCUGAGGGACCUGUGUACCCGCGUGCCCACCUGGGGUCCUCUCAGAGGAUGGCCCCUUGAGCUUCUCUGUGAGAAGUCCAUCGGCACGGCCAACAGACCAAUGGGUGCCGGCGAGGCCCUGCGGAGAGUGCUGGAGUGCCUGGCGUCGGGGAUCGUGAUGCCAGAUGGUUCUGGCAUUUAUGACCCUUGUGAAAAAGAAGCCACUGAUGCUAUUGGGCAUCUAGACAGACAGCAACGGGAAGAUAUCACACAGAGUGCGCAGCAUGCCCUGCGACUCGCUGCGUUCGGCCAGCUCCAUAAAGUUCUGGGUAUGGAUCCUCUGCCUUCUAAGAUGCCCAAGAAACCAAAGAAUGAAAACCCAGUGGACUACACAGUUCAAAUCCCCCCCAGCACCACGUAUGCCAUUACGCCCAUGAAGCGCCCGAUGGAAGAAGAUGGGGAGGAAAAGUCUCCCAGCAAAAAGAAGAAGAAGAUUCAGAAGAAAGAGGAGAAGGCAGAGCCCCCUCAAGCUAUGAACGCCCUCAUGAGACUCAACCAGCUGAAGCCAGGCCUGCAGUAUAAGCUGGUUUCCCAGACCGGCCCGGUGCACGCCCCCAUCUUUACCAUGUCUGUGGAGGUGGACGGCAGCUCAUUCGAGGCCUCCGGACCAUCCAAGAAGACGGCCAAGCUGCACGUGGCCGUGAAGGUGUUACAGGACAUGGGCCUGCCUACCGGCGCAGAAGGCAGAGACUCCAGCAAGGGGGAGGAUUCCGCUGAGGAAACGGAAGCAAAGCCGGCCGUGGUGGCCCCUCCGCCUGUGGUGGAAGCCUCUUCGACCCCCAGUGCUGCCUUCCCCUCAGAUUCCACCGCCGAGAACGUAAAACAGCAGGGGCCGAUCCUGACCAAGCAUGGCAAGAACCCUGUUAUGGAACUUAACGAAAAGAGGCGUGGCCUCAAGUAUGAGCUCAUCUCCGAGACCGGGGGCAGCCAUGACAAGCGCUUCGUCAUGGAGGUCGAGGUGGACGGACAGAAGUUUCAGGGUGCUGGCUCAAACAAAAAGGUGGCAAAAGCAUAUGCCGCUCUUGCCGCACUAGAAAAGCUAUUCCCUGAUGCCCCUCUCGCCCUGGAAGCCAACAAGAAGAAGAGAGCCCCCGUCCCCGUCAGAGGUGGACCGAAAUUUGCUGCUAAGCCACAUAACCCUGGGUUUGGCAUGGGAGGCCCCAUGCACAAUGAAGUGCCCCCGCCCCCGAACCUUCGAGGGCGGGGAAGAGGAGGAAACAUCCGAGGUCGAGGGAGAGGGAGAGGAUUUGGUGGCGCCAACCAUGGAGGCUACAUGAACGCUGGCGCGGGAUAUGGCAGCUAUGGGUAUGGAGGCAACUCGGCGACAGCAGGCUACAGUCAGUUCUACAGCAACGGAGGGCAUUCUGGGAAUGCCGGUGGUGGCGGCGGCGGGGGCGGUGGUGGCUCCUCCGGCUACAGCUCCUACUACCAAGGCGACAACUACAGCUCACCGGUGCCCCCGAAACACGCCGGAAAGAAGCAGCCGCACGGGGGCCAGCAGAAGCCCUCCUACGGCUCGGGCUACCAGUCCCACCAAGGCCAGCAGCAGUCAUACAGCCAGGGCCAGUACGGCAACUAUGGCCCCCCGCAGGGCAAGCAGAAGGGCUAUAACCAUGGACAAGGCAACUACUCCUCCUACUCAAACUCCUACAGCUCCCCCGGGGGCGGGGGCGGAUCAGACUACAGCUACGAGAGCAAAUUCAACUACAGUGGUAGUGGAGGCCGGAGCGGCGGGAACAGCUACGGCUCAGGCGGGUCGUCCUACAACCCAGGGUCACACGGGGGCUACGGCGGUGGCUCUGGGGGCGGCUCCUCAUACCAAGGCAAACAAGGAGGCUACUCGUCACAAUCAAACUACAACUCCCCGGGGUCCGGCCAGAAUUACAGCGGCCCUCCCAGCUCCUACCAGUCCUCACAGGGCGGCUACGGCAGAAAUGCAGAUCACAGCAUGAACUACCAGUAUAGAUAAAGCCCCCCCGAGGGGUGAAGAUUUGUACCUUCUGCACUUACCCCUCGUUGUAAGAUUCAGUUUUAUGCAUCACAGUUAACAUGUCAGCUGGCCUCCAGGCCCCCUCCGCCCCAGCCUGUCCACGUUGCUGUGUUGUGAGGUGCAGCUGGUCACUGCUGUGACCCGUCCUGUGACCCAUAUUUAGCCGUGUUUGGGACUUCCAUGUCUUCAGUGGUUUGUUAGUUGCCAUCACAACUUUGUCCGAGUAGAGUUUUUUGAGUUCUUGCAGUUACGUAUCCCUCUGUCUAUUUACAAUUGGUGUUAGUGUUAACUCAGUUUGUCUUUAAAUAGCUACAGAAGGGAUACAUCAUCUGUUAAUGCUUUUGUGAAGUGAGUUAAACGAGCUUUCUGUAUUUUAAUGCUUUAGUGUUUCAGUUUUAUAAGUGAAGAUUUUAUUUUAAAAACCAGUGGGAAAGAGUGGGGUUUUUUUGUAUGUCUGGAUCAUUCAGGCAGUACAUCUGAAUUAAGCUGAAUGUAGACAAAUAAAGAAAAAGAAAACUCUGUGCCCGUCGUAGGCCUGGGUGUCUGACCCACCGGCAGUGUGAUGGGCA